UCCGGCGCAGCGUCGGCGGCGUCUGCGCCCGGUGGGCAGGGCACGUCGGGCCGGGGCAGUUGGUUCGUGGGCUCUGGAAGGGAAGAGACGGAAGUGGGGCCGGUGCAGCGGGCGCAGGGAGGACCGGUCCGGACCAUGGACGGCUCCUUCGUUCAGCACAGUGUGAGGGUUCUGCAGGAGCUCAACAAGCAGCGGGAGAAGGGCCAGUACUGCGAUGCCACCCUAGACGUGGGGGGCUUGGUGUUCAAGGCACACUGGAGUGUCCUCGCCUGUUGCAGCCACUUCUUCCAGAGCCUCUAUGGGGAUGGCCCAGGGGGCAGUGUUGUCCUCCCUGCUGGCUUCUCUGGGAUCUUUGGCCUCCUGUUGGACUUUUUCUACACUGGUCACCUCGCCCUCACCUCAGGGAACCGGGAUCAAGUGCUCCUGGCAGCCAGGGAGUUGCGAGUACCAGAGGCUGUGGAGCUGUGCCAGAGCUUCCAGCCCAAAACUUCAGUGGGACAGGCAUCAGGUGGCCAGAGUGGGUUGGAGAAACCUGCCCCUCAGGAUGUGAACAGCCACUUCAAGGAGCCAACAGACUUGGAGGAAGAGGAAAUUACAAGGACUCUUGGCCUAGUCCCCAGGGAUCAGGAGCCUAGAGGCAGUCGCAGCCCCCAGAGGUCCCAGCUCAGCUCCCCUAUUCAGAAUGAGAGCCCCUCCUUCCUUGCUGGAAAACUCAAGCAGGCUCUGAAGCCUUGUCCCUCAGAUGACAAAGAGUCUGAGGACUGCAAAGUGCCCCCAAGGCCCUUUGAGGCUGAAGGUGCCCAGCUGCAGGGCGGGUGUAAUGAGUGGGAAGUGGUGGUUCAAGUUGAGGACGACGGGGAUGGCGAUUACGUUUCUGAGCCUGAGACUGUGCUGACCAGGAGGAAGUCAAACAUAAUCAGAAAGCCCUGUGCUGCAGAGCCAGCUCUGGGUACAGGUUCCCUAGCAGCCGAGCCCGCUGAGAACAGAAAAGGUACAGCGGUGCCGGUUGAAUGCCCCACAUGUCAUAAAAAGUUCCUCAGCAAAUAUUAUCUAAAAGUGCACAACAGCAUCCCCCACCCUAGGCAGACUCUUCCCAGCAGCAAGUGGAAGCCCCAGCAGAGGCUGCUGUCACAGGCAGAGGCUCCCCCUGAUGCUGGCCCUGCUUGCCCCUCACACUGCCAGGUCUUCACAUGCUCCGUGUGCCAGGAGACCUUUCGCCGGAGGAUGGAGCUGCGGGUGCACAUGGUGUCCCACACUGGGGAGAUGCCUUACAAGUGUUCCUCCUGCUCCCAGCAGUUCAUGCAGAAGAAGGACUUGCAGAGCCACAUGAUCAAGCUACACGGAGCCCCCAAGCCCCAUGCAUGUCCUACCUGUGCCAAGUGCUUCCUGUCACGGACAGAGCUGCAGCUGCAUGAGGCUUUCAAGCACCGUGGGGAGAAGCUAUUUGUGUGCGAGGAGUGCGGGCACCGGGCCUCAAGCCGCAACGGACUGCAGAUGCAUAUCAAGGCCAAGCACAGGAAUGAGCGGCCAUAUGUCUGCGAGCUCUGCAGCCACGCCUUCACUCAGAAGGCCAACCUCAACAUGCACCUGCGUACGCACACGGGCGAGAAGCCCUUCCAGUGCCAUCUGUGUGGCAAGACCUUCCGCACCCAAGCCAGCCUGGACAAGCACAACCGCACCCACACAGGUGAGAGGCCUUUCAGCUGUGAGUUCUGUGAGCAGCGCUUCACGGAGAAGGGGCCCCUCCUGAGGCACGUGGCCAGCCGCCACCAGGAGGGCCGGCCCCACUUCUGCCAGAUCUGUGGCAAGACCUUCAAAGCCGUGGAGCAGUUACGCGUGCACGUCAGAAGGCACAAGGGAGUGAGGAAGUUCGAGUGCACUGAAUGUGGCUACAAGUUCACCCGGCAGGCCCACCUGCGCAGGCACAUGGAAAUCCACGAUCGGGUGGAGAACUACAAUCCACGGCAGCGCAAGCUCCGAAACCUGGUCAUUGAGGAUGAGAAGAUGGUGGUGGUGGCCCUCCAGCCACCUGCAGAGCUGGAAGUGGGCUCGGCUGAGGUCAUCGUGGAGUCGCUGGCCCAGGGCAGCCUGGCCUCCCAGCUCCCUGGCCAGAGACUGUGUGCAGAGGAGAGCUUUGCUGGCCCCGGUGUCCUGGAGCCCUCACUCAUCAUCACAGCUGCUGUUCCAGAGGACUGUGACACGUAGCCCACCCUGUCUGCUUGUUCCCAGCCAAUAAACCACGUGGCUUUGGACUGGA